GUGUGUUUGAGGAGAGGGCGAGAGAGGAGAGCACAGCCGCUGCUCAAAUGGCUGGAACUGGUUGUUUGAAUUUGCUGAUUUUUAUGCCAUUAGACUAGUUUGUGGCUUUGAUAGCGGCCUAUAUAUGGGCGACUUCUCGGUCACUAACGAGCUCUUUAGCCAGCUUUUAGUUCAGAGAUCAAAGUAAUUGGGGGAUCGAGUCCCAGUGAAGGCUGCGUCUGACAGGUGCGCACAGUGCGCAGAGAGGAUGGGCAGACGUGAGGCAGACAGCAGAAGCGCAAUGAACACCAGCCACCAAUCCGAGCUCGGUUGUCUGCAGGACGCGGCAUCCAGCGACCACCGUGCCGGCGAGGAGUCCCCGAGACCGGGCAGCCGCCGUCCCUGCAGCACGGACAAGCGCCAGAGAAACCCAGACAUGGAGGCGGUGGGCCGGGCACCGACCGCCACAGCGGCGAUGGAAGUGAAGAAGCACCUGCACAAACACAACUUGAAAAGCCGCUACGAGGUGAUGGAGACUCUGGGGAAAGGCACGUACGGCAAAGUGAAGAAGGCGGUAGAGAGAGCAAGCCUGAAGACAGUGGCGAUCAAGUCAAUCCGUAAGGAGCGCAUCACUGAGGACCUGGACAGAAUUCACAUCCAGAGAGAGAUUGAGAUCACUGCCAGGCUCAGGCACUCCAACAUCAUACGCUUCCAUGAGGUGUUUGAGAGCCGGGAUAAGAUUGUGAUAGUGAUGGAGUACGCCAGCAGGGGAGAGCUGUACGAUUACAUCCAGGAGAGGAGGCGACUGCCAGAAACAGAAGCCAGAAGCAUCUUCAGACAGAUCACAUCUGCUGUCCACUACUGCCACAAGAACGGUGUUGUGCAUCGAGACCUCAAGCUGGAGAACAUCCUUUUAGAUCAAGAAUUGAAUGUAAAGCUGGCUGACUUUGGCCUUUCCAAUCACUUCCAGAGGGGUACUCUGCUGCAGACCUACUGUGGAAGUCCACUCUAUGCUGCCCCAGAGAUAGUGAAAGGACUGCCCUACCAGGGACCAGAGGUGGACUGCUGGGCGCUGGGGGUGUUGCUAUAUGCCCUGGUCUACAGCAGUAUGCCAUUUGAUGGAGCCAGUCACACAACGCUCACAGAGCAGAUCAGCCAAGGUCGCUACCGCAGACCCAAUCCCCCCUCAGACGCCUGUGCUCUUAUCGACUGGUUGUUGACGGUGCGUGUGGACGAGAGGGCUACGAUAGAGGACGUGGCCAACCACUGGUGGGUGAACUGGGGUUUUGAAGAGAGUGUUUGUGACUGCCCUUCAUCUCCACACCCAGAAUGCCCCUCCCCACUGCUGGCUCGCUACAUCGACUGGCAGAAUAGGGUGGCAGCUAGCAGCAACAUGACUGUCGACCCAGGGUGCCUAUCCUCAGACCCUUCCUGUCCACCUCAGCUCUCUCCCCACCCCUUUUUCUUCAGCUUACCUGUGAAGAGUGACCGUGGAGCAGGAGGAGGAAGGGUACGCGGAGGAAUGUCAAGCCUCAGGAAGUCACGCAAGGAGAAUGCAAUUCCCCAGACUCCAGUGGGAGCUUGUGGUGGUGUCUGUGCAACAGCUGCCUCGUCUGCUGUGAUUUCCGCCACUUCCACCACUGAAAGAAAGAAACCUAAAGGUAUUUUGAAACCCCAGAGGAGUUUUGACUCAGUCUUUCACAGUCCUCCUAAAGAAAAGUCUCCCACCCAACCGUGUAACGCUGCUCCUCAGACUUAUCGAACACACACACUUGCCCACACACAUGCUGAUGUCAUGUCCACUAGUCUGCCACCUCCCUCUACAUUCAGUCAGCCCUCAUCCAAAAUGCCAAAGAAGGGGAUACUAAAGAACUUGUAUGGAGGAGAGUCGGGUUAUGGCUCAUCCUCAGAAAGAAUAAUCUCUGGAGCGGGAGUUAAAGAGAGGGAUGCAGGUGAUUUGUGCUCCCACAAACAGCAUACUUGUCUCCCAGCGGCAGAAGACAGCCCCACAAUGCGCACAGAGGCAGUAAGAAGACGGAAGGGUAUUCUGAAGCGUAAUGGCAAGUUCUCUCGCAGUCUGGAUCUUCCUGAUGACCACCACUCAUCUCCCUCUUCAGCCCCUACAAUAUUCCCAGAGGCUUUACAGCAGCUCCUCCAGGCAACAGGGGGUGCAGAGGGCCGCCGCAGCCGCCCCUCCAGUGUGGUGAGCGAGGAUAGCCUCUUCUCCUCCGAUUCCUUUGACCUGCUAGACCUCAGUGCCCAAUCACGCCGUAGGAUUUUCUCCCGGGGGAUGCAGCACAGUGCCUGCAGCUCUGAGGAGGACCUGGAGCUUCUUAGAGCUGAGGCGGACAGGGUUGGUGGAAACAGAGAAGGACAAAAGGAAAUGCUCACAUAAGCCUAAGGAAUGACCGACAAAUCCAUGUGGUGGAAAAUUUGGCUGAACACCAGUUAUUUAGUUCAAGUUUCUGUGAUAAUCACUGCCUGCCAUCUUGAAAAGACUUCACUGAACUCUGGAAAGGUUGCAUAUCGAGUAUGUGGACUCUACUGUGCAUUGUACUGUCAGUGUAAAGCACCAUUUUUUGGUAUAUUUGUCUGUAUUAAAUGAUAAACUAAAACUGUAUUCAUUGCCAUUUAAAUUAUGCGAGGCAGCACAUUGAGAGAUGAGACAAGUGACACCUGAAGGGAAUCCAAUAUCUGCCAAAUUGCAGAGAUGGGACCUGAAUGUGGCAGAAUGUACAGUCCAUUUAAUGAAUUCACUCUGACCUCACCUGCACAAUAUCCUUUUACAGCAGAUUUCUGUUCAGAUGUUCCUUGAAAAUCUGGAGUCUGGGCUGUAAUCUGGUAAAGUUAGCACUGUAGGUUUUUGGAAACCAUCUCGGGCAAUCUUGGAUAUGUGAUUCCAUGUUUGUGUCAACACUGACAAUAAACUGGAAUACAUUUAAGUGUGUUUCCAUCCACCUGCUCAUAUGGCCAUUUUGCACAUAAUAACCUGGUAAAAAUGCAAAAAACUUUUUGUUUUACAUUUAACUGAUGUGAAAAAGUUGGUAUAUCAAUUAAAAGUAAAAAGACAAGUUGCAUUAGAAACAGACUUAAUGAAUAAACCCUGAUGUGUGAAACGGAAACAUCAGAUGUUUGUGGAGUGAGGAGACUGUACCAUUCCUCACAUUAAUUAUACACGACACAAACAUUGCCGCAUUUCCAUCAUUGCUUUCCACUGUUUGAGGUUUGACUUGCACUCUUCUUCUGCAAUGGUUUUAAUGGCACCAGACUGGAGAAUUAGAAUCGUUUAGCUUGAUGCGCUCAACUCCUAAUAUUCACAUAAUGCUAGUCGAUGGAAACACAUUUUCUGGAAAUUCUGUUUAAAGUUUGUGCUAAUUUGGAUUGAAACCUGACUAAAGACAGCUCCAUUGUGAGGAUAAAUUCUGCUAAACUGAACUGAAAGUACUUCACGGUAACACUUUAUUUUACCCUAUUUUAUGAGCUCUAUAUAAAUAUAUUAAUAAAUGGCUUAUAACUCACUUAAAUGUAGUUGUAGCUAUUCAUCAACAAUUAUAACUAGCCUCCACUUAUUAUGAGUGGUAAGUAUUUAUUAAAUAAAUUAAAUUAAAUUUAUUAAAAUAAAUGCUUAUAUCUGCUUACAACUACAAUAUAGUGUGCUAUGAACCAUUAAUUAAGUGGUAAUAUACUGCCUAUGCAUGAUAAAUAUAGGUGAAGUUAAAGUAAAGUGUUACCUACUGUAUUGUAUCACAUGUUACUGAGUAUAUUUGUAUUACACAGUAAUGUACUGUGCACAAUUUGCUCCUUUGCACCAACAGACACUGUAAAUAGCAGAUGGAUCACAUUGCUUUUUACCGUGACACCACCAAUGCUGCUGUGGAGAUUUAAAGAAGUGAUGUAUGCAGUAGAUGUAAUUUCUCUGUCAUUUUCAUACUGUGAGAAAAUAAUUCUGUUAACUUUGUUCAAGCAUUUCAUACUUUUUUUUGAAAAAUGUAAUAAAUUAUGUGA